AACGGAUUGACAACUCGUAAUAACGGAUUGGAUAACUCGUAAUAACGGAUUGGAUAACUCGUAAUAACGGAUUGGAUAACUCGUAAUAACGGAUUGGAUAACUCGUAAUAACGGAUUGGACAACUCGUUAUUACUAAUUACUAAUUACGAGUUGAAAAGCCAUCUACAUGUUUUUUUAUAUCAUAAUUAUUGAUUAACACAAGUCGAUAUUAUGAAUUAGAACAAGCCAGUGCAGCCUAGCUGUGGCAGUUAAAUACUUUAAUCGUGUGAGAGAGUGACUUAUUUAGUAAUUUCGUUACCUACGUCUCAGUCAUUGUAAAUGUUCAUUUGGAAAUUGGAACUAUUUAUUAAAAGGUACCCAUGAUACAUACCUAUUGAAUUAAAACACAUUUUUUACCAUGGAUUUAAACAAAACUAUAAAGAAAUAUUUUGAUAUGGGACUCAAUUAUUCAGAAAUCAUAGAAUUUUUACAUAAAAAUGACAAUAUUUCUAUGAGCUUACGCACCUUGAAGAGAAUAUUAAAAAGCUUAUCACUUGCUCGGCGAAAAAAUGUUUCAUCUAUUGCCACUGUUGCUGAUUUUUUGGCAUCACAAGUCCAAGGUUCAUCUCAACUCCAUGGCUACAAAUGGAUGCAUUUAAAGUGCAUUCAGAAUGGUUUUACUGUUAAGCAAGAAACGGUUAGAUAUUUAUUGAAUGACUUAGAUCCUGAAGGUGUAGCUAUUCGAAAAAGAAAAAGAUUAAGAAGGCGGCAAUAUCAUAAUAAAGGUCCGAAUUACCUAUGGCACACUGAUUGUUAUGACAAAUUAAAACCCUAUGGAAUUCCUAUUAGUGGAUGCAUUGAUGGAUUUUCUCGUUAUAUUUUAUGGCUAGAGGCGGCACCAACUUGUAAUGACCCUAGAGUUAUUGGUGGAUUUUUUUUGAAUGCUGUUAGUACUCUUAAAGGUUGUCCUACUUCAUUGAGAACUGAUGCGGGAACGGAAAACCGACAUAUUGAACAAAUACAGACAUUUUUCCAUAGGAAUAAUCAUUCAAAUAAUCGACCAUUUUUAUAUGGAACUAGCCCAGCUAACCAAAAAAUUGAAGCUUGGUGGGGUCACCUUCGAAAACACUGCAGUCAAUUUUGGAUGAAUACAUUUCAGUUACUUAAAGAUGAUGGAUAUUUCAGCGGAUCAUUUGUUGAUAAAAAUCUCAUUAGAUUUUGUUUUAUUGAUUUAAUUCGAAGUGAACUGAAUAACAUAAAGGAAGAAUGGAACAGUCAUAAAAUUCGAAGCACCAAGAAUGCAAUUGCACCAUCUGGUCGUCCAACUAGCAUGUUUAAUUUACCUCAUUUGUGGAACUCUGAAUCAUAUCUGUUUGAUGUACAGGACGAAGACAUAUCAGUGUGUAAAGACGAAUGCGUAUUUGUUUCUCAAUUAAUAUGUGAUGAAACCAUUUUUGAGUUAUGUCAUAUUUUAAUUGAAGAAAAUAAUUUAGUUGUAACAAAUGCUCAUGAUGCCUAUGAUGCUGUAAAUUUAUAUAUUGAGUUAAAAAUAUUAUUUGAUAAACUGCUUGAAAAUACAAACUAA